AUGUGGAAAUCUUCCUGGAGGAGGAGGAGGAGUGACUGGGUGAGCCUUGCAGGGCUUGUGGAGGAGGAGAGAGUGUGCCUUCCCAAGAGGGAGAUGGCUCUUCUGCCCAGGCUGGAGCCUGGCUGCAAGGACACAGGGCAGGUGGGAAAGCAAGAAGCCUUAGACCCUGAGCCAAGCACGGACCCUCCUGCCUUUCCUGCUGGGAAUGGAGGGCAGUUCUGGGAAGGAGGCCUUUUGGGGAAGGGGCUGCGGGGAGACAGCCCACCUUCAGAGGCAGCGCCAAGCCAGAGCUUCAGGCAGUUCGACUACAAGGAGGCCUUGGGGCCCCGAGAGGUUUGCAGCUGCCUCCACUCUCUCUGCCGCCUGUGGCUGAAGCCUGAGGAACAUACCAAGGCGGAGAUGCUGGACCUGGUGCUCCUGGAGCAGUUCCUGGCCGUCCUUCCUGCGGAGAUGGAGCGCUGGGUGAGGGAAUGUGGGGCAGAGACCAGUUCCCAGGCCGUGGCUUUGGCUGAAGGAUUCCUCCUGAGUCGGGAACAAGAGGAGACGGAGAAGCAGCAACAGGAGGUGGACUUGUGUGCAGCGGUGGCCACCGCGUUGGAAAGGCCUCCCUGCACCUGCAGCCGGAUGCUGGAUUGCUCAGGACAAAGGGAACCACCCAGCUCCACAAGAGGUGAAUCAGAACCAACAUAUACUGGCUUCCCUCUUCCUUUUGAUGUUCUCAGCACACAUUCUGUGAUACCAGAUCAGGUGACCUUCCAAGAGGUGGCCGUGUCUUUCAGUGUGGAGGAGUGGGCCCUGCUGGAUCCGGACCAAAGGGCUUUGCAUCAACAAGUCAUGAAGGAAAAUUUGGAAACGGUGUCCUCUUUAAAAACUCACAGAGAAGGGGAAUCAUCUCAAUACCGGGACUGUGGAGAGAAGAAGGAGCUGGGCCUCUCUGGUCAGGAAGCAACGUACGCUAAAAGAAUGCCUUUUAAGUGCUUGGAGUGUGGAAAAUGUUUCCGUCAUAAGAAAAGCAUUGCUCGUCAUCAAGCAGUGCACACGGGAGAGAAAAAGUUCAAAUGCUUGGAAUGUGGAAAGGGCUUCAUUCAGAAGAUAGAUCUCACCUAUCAUCAAGCUACUCACACUGGGGAGAAGCCAUUUAAAUGCUUGGAGUGUGGAAAGAGUUUCACUCAAAAGAAAGGCCUCACCUUUCAUCUGGUUACUCAUACUGAGGAGAAGCCAUUUACAUGCUUGGAGUGUGGCAAGGGCUUCUUUCGGAGGCUAAAGCUGACUCGUCAUGAAGCAAUUCAUACUGGGGAGAAGCCAUAUACAUGCUUGGAGUGUAGAAAGAGCUUCAUUCAGAAGAUACACCUGACUCGUCAUCAAGCUACUCAUACUGGGGAGAAGCCAUUUACAUGUUUGGAGUGUGGGAAGAGUUUCACUCAGAAGAAAAGCCUCACCUGUCAUCAAGCUACUCAUACUGGGGAGAAGCCAUUUACAUGCUUGGAGUGUGGGAAGAGCUUCAUUCAGAAGACAAACCUGACUCGUCAUGAAGCAAUUCAUACUGGGGAGAAGCCAUUCAAAUGCUUGGAGUGUGGAAAGAGUUUCACUCAGAAGACAAGCCUCACCUGUCAUCAAGCUACUCAUACUGGGGAGAAGCCAUUUACAUGCUUGGAGUGUGGAAAGCGUUUCACUCUGAAGAAAAGGCUUAUCUAUCAUAAAGCUAUUCAUACUGGGGAGAAGCCAUUUACAUGCUUGGAGUGUGGAAAGCGUUUCACUCUGAAGAAAAGGCUUAUCUAUCAUCAAGCUACUCAUACUGGGGAGAAGCCAUUUAUAUGCUUGGAGUGUGGGAAGGGCUUCAUUCAGAAAGCAAGCCUCACUUCUCAUCAAGCUACUCAUAUUGGGGAGAAGCCAUUUAAAUGCUUGGAGUGUGGGAAGAGUUACACUCAGAAGACAGGUCUCACCUCUCAUCAAGCUACUCAUACUGGGGAGAAGCCAUUUACAUGCUUGGAGUGUGGGAAGGGCUUCAUUCAGAAGGCAAACCUCACUUCUCAUCAAGCUACUCAUACUGGGGAGAAGCCAUUUAAAUGCUUGGAGUGUGGGAAGAGUUAUACUCAGAAGACAGGUCUCACCUCUCAUCAAGCUACUCAUUCUGGGGAGAAGCCAUUUCAAUGCUUGGAGUGUGGGAGAUCUUUUACAGACAAAAGACGUCUAAUUGCUCAUCAAGCAACACACUCUGGGCAAAAGCCAUUCAAAUGCUUGGAUUGUGGAAAGGGCUUCGCACAGAAGGCAAGCCUCACCCAACAUCAAAGAAUCCACACUGGCGAAAAACCAUUUAAAUGCUUGGAGUGCGGAAAGAGCUUCAGGCAGAAGGCAUGCUUUGCCUCUCACCAGACCAUUCACACAGGGAAGAAACCCUUUCAGUGCUUGGAGUGCGAAAGCUCUUUUACAGAAAAACGAGGUCUAAUUGCUCAUCAAGCAACACAUUCUGGGGAAAAGCCAUUCAAGUGCUUGGAUUGUGGAAAGGGCUUCGCUCGGAAGAUAAUCCUCAAAGAACAUAAAAGAAUCCACUCUGGUGAAAAGCCAUUCAAAUGCUUGGAUUGUGGGAAGGGCUUCACAUGGAAGGCAGGCCUCAGAGAACACCAAAGUGUCCACUCAGGGGGAAAACCCUUUAAAUGCCUGGAUUGUGGGAAGGGCUUCGCAUGGAAGGCAAGCCUCACACGACAUCAAAGAAUCCACUCUGGUGAAAAAGCGUUUCAGUGUUUGGAGUGUGGAAGAUGUUUCAGAUUGAAGCAAAGCCUACAUCUUCAUCAAGUGAAACACACAGGGGAAAGAACCCUUUUAAUGUCUGUAGUGCCGAAAGAGCUUUUGCCAAAGAAACACCUAGGCCCUGUUAAGGUUUCUAUCUAGUUAUGUUCUUUCAAUAAAGUCUUCUUUGUAAGUUUGAACCUGCUCCUGAAUUGCUGAAGCUCAAUCACUAAAUCACUGGCACCAGAAUCUUCUGUUUUGCUGAACUGCCACAACAGCUUUUGUUGCUGAUUAUGUUUAAUUUUAAAUAUUACCACCCUUCUUUCUACUUUUUCAAUUGCUUUCCGUCCCUGGCCAAACUUCUGUCGGACUUCCAGUGUCAGGCUCUGGAAGAUCUUGGACUUAAAAUUAACCUCACAACAAUAAAAUUCUGGAGACAAGUGU